UAUCUAAAAAUAAAAAGCCAUGAAACGGUGGCGUAUUUGCAGAAACACUUUUUUUUUGGGAGCUCCAUUAAACCCUGAAUCAAAACAAUUUUUCUAAAACCCAGAAGCUGAAUUCUGAUAAAGAUGACAGCUUUGUGAUCAUUGAAUACUAAAAAUGUCAUCUUUUAUGCUCAAAACAUCACGCAGUAAAUCUUGGCUCGGUAAUUACAAGUUCUUGAUUUCUAGGUUCUCUUCAUUUUCGCCUAAAACUAUAAAAAGGCCAUCUGGGUCUCAAUUCAGUAGAUCAAAGAUAUACAAUUCUUCAUGUUUAAGUGAAAAUUACAGGGUUUUAGCUUCUGAAAAUGUUGUUUUACCAAGAAACUUUUCUGGGUUUGCUCAAUCCAUUCAAGUCAUCAAGAAGCGUUUGCAGCCUAUAGGUGACCUCAAUUUUCCAGGGUUGGCUGAUUUUGGUGCUGCAAUAUCUGGUGAGCUCAAAAACACAAAUUCAAACACAAUUCUUCAUCAGUUACUCACUUCAGAUUCAGAACUUUCACACUCCUUAAAACCUACUUUUAGAAUGUUACUCUCACUUGCAUAUGUUAAAAAGUACUCAAAGAUCCGAUCUGUUUUAGAUGCUUUUGUAAAAAAUUGUAAGGAUUAUCCAGUUUCUUUGAUUUUUCAUGCAAUUUCAGUUGGUGGGGAUUCUAUUUCUGUUAAUUCGGUUCUUUCUGAUAUGUUAGUAUGGGCAUAUAUGAAACAUUUGAAAACACAUUUGGGAUUUGAGGCUUUUAAGAGAGCUGGUGAUUAUGGAUUUAAGUUGUCUGUUUUGUCUUGUAAUCCGUUGUUGAGUGGUUUGGUUAAGGAGGGUCGAGUUAGGGAUAUGGAGUUUGUGUAUAAGGAGAUGAUUAAAAGAAGGAUCCAACCUAGUUUGAUUAGUUUUAAUAUUGUGAUUAAUGGUUUGUGUAAAGUAGGGAAAUUGAACAAGGCUGGCGAUGUUCUCGAGGAUAUGAAAGUACGGGGCGUAUCGCCAAAUGUGAUUACUUAUAAUACUCUUAUUAAUGGGUAUUGCAAGACUGCUAAAAUUGGGAAGAUGUAUAAAGCUGAUGCCAUUUUGAAAGAGAUGACGGCAAAUGGGAUUUGCCCGAAUGAGGUGACUUUCAAUACUUUGAUUGAUGGAUUUUGCUUGGAUGGGAAUGUAUCAAAUGCAAUGAGGGUGUUCGCGGAAAUGAGUAAGCAGACUGUCAAACCUAAUGUGGUUACUUAUAAUGUGUUGAUCGAUGGGCUAUGUAGGGACGGGAAGGUUAGUGAAGCUACUGCUUUAUUGGAUCAAAUGGUUGAUUCGGGUUUAAAGCCGAAUAUAAUUACUUAUAAUGCACUUAUAAAUGGGUUUUGCAAGAACAAGAUGGUGAAAGAAGCCAGAAAAUUGUUUGAUGAUAUGCCGAAACAAGGAAGAGCACCUAAUGUCACAACCUACAAUACGUUGGUUGAUGCUCACUGUAAGGAUGGUAAUCUCAAGGAUGCAUUUGCACUACUUAAUAUAAUGUUAGGCAAAGGGGUUUUCCCUAAUGUGUCGACGUAUAACUGCUUAAUUGCCGGUUUAUGUAGAAAGGGAGAUAUGGAAGCAGUCAGAAAUCUUGUGAGUGAAAUGGCUAACAAGAAUUUGACAGCUGAUCUUAUCACACAUAAUAUAUUGAUUGAUUCCUUAUGCAGCAAAGGGGAAUCGAGAAAGGCAGCGAGACUUGUGGUUGACAUGUCCAGAAAAGGGUUGAAACCUAGUCAUAUAACAUACAACACUUUGAUGGAUGGCUACUGUAGGGAAGGAAAUCUCAAGGCAGCAUUAAAUGUGAGGAUGCAAAUGGAGAAAGCAUGGAAACUCCCCAAUGUUGCUACAUACAAUGUGCUUAUAAAAGGGUUAUGUAGAAAAGGUAAACUUGAAGAUGCAAAUGGGCUUCUUAAUGAGAUGCUGGAAAAGGGUUUGGUUCCAAACAGAACUACAUAUGAAAUUGUUUCGGAGGAAAUGAUGGAGAAAGGCUUUGUCCCAGACAUAGAAGGUCAUCUAUAUAAUGUUAAAGUCAGCUCUUAAGCUAUUGGAAGAAAUUAAUGGUAAGGUUAGAUCUGUUGUCAGCACAGCUGAAUAAACCAGACCUUUGGGAUGAUCCUGUAUUAGCUUGGAAAUAAGCCGAUAACAUGGUUCAUUGAUGACUAAAAGGAAAGAGAUCACAGCACAUAAGGCUUCAGCAAUUGAAGUACUCCAAUCUCGGUUGGACCAGCUUGAGAUGGCUCGCCAGGCUCAGAUGAAUGCACAGCAUACACACUCGCUCACCGAUAUAAGACGGGGCAACCAGAUUCGCACUUACGUGCUCCAUCCUUAUCGCAUGGUUAAAGAUCUCCGAACCAACUAUGAGGUCUCUGAUCCUGACUCUGUAUUCGAUGUAGAAAUAGAUAGCUUCAUCUUGAGCUAUUUAUCAGCUUCUCUUGAUGAAGACGAAGACUGUCCGUAAGCUUAGUUUUCGAAGAAAUCACACCUUCUGUAGAUUGCCAAAGAAAUCUGUAUGUGCUCAUCAACCUGUAUGGAUUUCAAGAGCUGGAGAAAUGAUCCAGGCGGAAAUACAUACCGCUCGGUCACGGGUGAUAGAUUUUCCUGAAAAUACUGAUUAUAAUGGUUUAGUACAAACAAAUAAGGAUGAGUUUUUGCAGCUCUUUGGCAUGUAGUUCUUUCAGUAGCAGCUUUGGUUCAUUGCUAGUUGCUACUUGCUACUGCAUUGGAAAUUAUACAGGCAAUAUUGGUUAUAACUUAUAACUCAAUGUAGUAUUCAUUUCUUUGCUACUUUAACAUUGAAUUACUGUUUUUAAAUUUUAAAUAAUUAAUUAAUUUUGAAUA